GCCCCGCCCUCCCUCGGCGCGCGCCGGCGUCGGCUGCGUCUCCGGGCAUUUGAAUUGCGCUUCCGCCAUCUUUCCAGCCCUCAGUCAGACGGGCGCGGAGACGCUUCUGGAAGUAACAUCGCGAUGGCUGCCCAAGGAGAACCCCAAGUUCAGUUCAAACUUGUUUUGGUUGGUGAUGGUGGUACUGGAAAAACUACAUUCGUGAAGCGUCAUCUGACUGGUGAAUUUGAGAAGAAGUAUGUAGCUACCUUGGGUGUUGAGGUCCAUCCUCUUGUGUUCCAUACCAACAGAGGACCUAUUAAGUUCAAUGUAUGGGAUACAGCUGGUCAGGAGAAAUUUGGUGGACUGAGAGAUGGCUAUUAUAUACAAGCUCAGUGUGCCAUUAUAAUGUUUGACGUAACAUCAAGAGUUACUUACAAGAAUGUGCCUAACUGGCAUAGAGAUCUGGUACGAGUGUGUGAGAACAUCCCAAUUGUGUUGUGUGGCAACAAAGUGGAUAUUAAGGACAGAAAGGUUAAGGCAAAGUCAAUUGUCUUCCACCGAAAGAAGAAUCUUCAGUACUAUGACAUUUCUGCCAAAAGUAACUACAACUUUGAAAAGCCCUUCCUCUGGCUUGCUAGAAAAUUGAUUGGAGACCCUAACUUGGAGUUUGUCGCCAUGCCUGCUCUUGCCCCGCCAGAGGUGGUCAUGGACCCAGCCUUGGCAGCACAGUACGAGCACGAUUUAGAGGUUGCUCAGACAACUGCUCUCCCGGAUGAAGAUGAUGACCUGUGAGAAAGUGAAGCUGGGGCCCAGCGUCAGAAGUCUAGUUUUAUAGGCAACUGUCCUGUGAUGUCAGUGGUGCAGCGUGUUUGCCACUUUAUUAUAUAGCUAAGCAGAACAUGUGCUUAAUCUUUGGAUGCUGAAGGAGAUGGAUGGGCUUUGGAGUGAAUGUGGCAGUUUAAAAAAAAAAAUACCUUCAUUUUUUGGACCUGCAUAUUUAGGUGUUUUGGAACACAGUUGUUUCCUCCUUGAGUUUCAAAUAUAAGACUGCUAUAGUCACAUGACAAUAUUGAGAGGUGGAAUCUUGUUUGUUACUGUCAUUCCCAUUCCUUUUCGUUUAGAAUCAGAAUAAAGUUGUAUUUCAAAUAUCUAA